CGCUCACAAGACCUUUUUAGAAAGGAAAAAUGCAACUGCUAUCUCCUUACUAAUUUAGCUUUUCUCCCUCAGUUUUCAGACCAAAGGAAAAAAACAAGUCAUUCUCAUCCUCAAUGACUACCCAAACAGAUACUCCUUCUUCUUCUGCUCCUCUCCCUCCGAUCCCUAAAUACGGUGUCUUUCUUAGUUCCAGCGGAGAAGACACCGAUCAAAAUUUUACAGAUCAUCUCUGUACUGCUCUGAACCAGGAGGGGAUAUUGACACUUAGAGAUGGUGAAGAACUCGAGAGGGGAAAAGCAAUUGAAGAAUCAAGAUGUGCAAUUGUGGUUCUUUCAGAAAACUACAACCAUCCAUGGUGUUUGGAUGCGAUUGCAAAGAUCGUUGAAUGCAAGGAAGUGAUGAUGAAACUGGAAGUACUCCCAGUCUUUCUUGAUGUGAAUCCAUCUGAUGUACGAAAACAAACAGGGGAUCAUUUCGGGGAAGCCUUCUCGAAGCAUGAAGAGGCCUUUAAACACGAACCGGAGAAGGUGCGCAGGUGGAGACGUGCUCUUACUUCAGUAGCCAAUCUCUCUGGAUGGGUUGUGCGAAAUGGUCAUGACGCCAAAGUUAUUCAAGAAAUGACAGAAGGUAUUCUCAGAGAAUUCUUUCCUAGAAUCCCAAGUGUACCUGAGGGAUUAGUUGGGAUGGAUUCUCACCUGAACGAAAUGCUCUCGUACUUGGAAUUGGGGUGGCCUGGAGUUCAUACCGUAGGGAUUUGGGGGAUGGGGGGUAUCGGAAAGACAACUAUUGCAAAAGCUGUUUAUGAAAGGAUUUAUUCUCAGUUUGAAGGUCACGUCUUUCUUGAGAAUGUCAGAGAAUCAAGUCGUAAGCCAGGUGGCUUGGUUGGUUUACAAGAGGAACUUCUUUCAAAGUUGCUGAGAUGGGAUCAUGUAAAUGUAUCUGACACAUCUGAGGGAAUAAGCAUGAUCAGGGAAAGACUAACUACUAGAAUGGUUCUUAUUGUUGUUGAUGAUGUGGAUGAAAUACAACAAUUGGAAGUAUUGUGCGAUCAUAGUUGGUUUGGGUCAGGGAGUAGAAUCAUCAUAACAUCAAGAGAUGAGCAUGUGCUGACAAAUUUUGGAGUGGAGAAGAUAUACAAGGUCAAUGCAUUAUCUGAUGUUGAGGCUCUUCAGCUGUUUUGUUCAAGAGCCUUCAAGAAGGACCAGAUUGGAGAAGAUUUUCUCAGGCUUUCUAAGGAGUUUGUAAAAUAUGCUGCUGGCCUUCCAUUAGCUCUUCAAGUAUUGGCUGCAUCUCUCUGUGGUAAGGAAAAAACUCUGUGGUCAAGUGCAUUGGAUAGACUAAAACAGAAACCUGAUAGACAAAUUAUGAAUGUGCUUAAAGUAAGUUACGAUGAACUAGAUAAAAUGGAAAAGGAAAUUUUUUUGCACAUUGCAUGUUUCUUUAAAGGUGAGAACGUAGAUCGUGUAGAAAGAAUACUAAGGGUUGAUUAUUAUCCAAACUUUGGUAUCAGAGUUCUUCUGGAUAGAUCUCUAGUAACUGUGGUUGGAAGAAAAUUAUGGAUGCAUGACCUGCUGCAACAAUUGGGUAAAGAAAUUGUUUUUCAAGAAUGUCUUGAAGAGCCUGGCAAUCGUAGCAGGUUGUGGGUUCCGCAAGAAAUCAUCCAUGUACUCGAGAAGAAUAAGGGUUCAACUGCACUUCAAGCCAUAGCCUUAGACUUUCCAAAAACAGAAGAGAUACACUGCCACUCAGAGGCAUUCUCUGUGAUGCCCAGACUUGAGUUUCUCCAAAUCCGUAAUGUGCAUAUGAAGGAAGGCCCCAGUUAUCUUCCUGGGGGAUUAGUAGUUCUGGAAUGGAGUGGGUAUCCUAUAGAAAGUCUCCCACAAAAUUUCAAUCCUAAGCGAUUAUGUGAACUUAACCUCUGCUACAGCAGCAUUGAACAACUUUGGAGUGGAAUAAAGAAAUUGCCCUAUUUGACAGUUAUCAAUUUAAGCUACUCUUGGAAGUUAAUCAGGACCCCAGAUUUUACACAUGCUCCAGGGCUUGAAAGAUUAAUUCUUGAAGGUUGUACAAGUUUAGUGGACAUUCACCCAUCCAUUGCUCACCUGGAGAGGCUUAUUAGCUUGAAUCUUAAAGAUUGCAGAAGUCUUGCAAGUCUUCCAAGUAAGCUUGAAAUGAAAUGCCUUCAAAUUCUUGUUCUUUCAGGCUGUUCAAAAGUCAAGAAAAUUCCAGAUUUUGUGGGAUCUAUGGAAGGCUUGUUAGAACUUUAUUUGGAUGGGACUGCUAUAGAGCAAAUACCUCUAUCAGUUCGACUUCUGACUGGCCUCAUUUUAUUAAAUUUGAGAGAUUGCAAAAAUCUCAAGAGACUUCCAGGAGACAUUGGCAAUUUAAAGUCCCUCAAGCGUCUCAAUAUUUGUGGAUGCUCAAAACUUGAAACACUACCGGACAGCUUGGGAAAGAUAGACUGCUUGAAAGAGCUUGAUGCGACUGGGGGUAGUUCCAUAAGCAAUAUACCAUCGUCUAUUUCCCGUUUGGAAAGUCUUGAAGUGUUAUCUCUUUGUGGAUGUAAAGGGAUGUCAGGCAACAUGACAAGAUAUCCACUCAGUUUUCUGUUGCACAAAAGUGAUUCAGGUGGCUUGCGUUCUUUAACUGAGCUAAAUCUCAGUGACUGUAAUCUUCAGGAGGGAAGCAUACCGGACGAUUUUGGCUGCUUAUUCCCUUUAGUUUCACUAAAUCUAAGCAAAAACAACUUUGUUAGUCUUCCAAAAAGCAUCAGACAGCUUUCAAAGCUUCGAAACUUGAAUUUGGAAAGUUGUAAGACUCUUCAAAAAUUGCCAGACCUUUCAUCAAGCAUAAACUUCAGUUUUGGGGCAGAGGGCAGUAUUUCACAGGAAAGGCUGUCAUCAUGUUUCAAUUUGAUUAAUUGCUCCAAAUUGGUUGUCAAUCAACGAUGCAACAACAUAGCAUUGAAAAUGCUAUCGAGAUUUCUUCAGGGAAUUCCUUCUGCAGGAAAUAGAUUUGAAACUAUAAUUCCUGGCAGUGAAAUCUCUGAGCUGUUCAGUGAUCAAAGUGUGGAACCAGUUAUAAGUAUGGAGCUACCUCGACAAUGGCACAAGAAUAAGUGGAUGGGAUAUGCAUUUUGUGCUUGUUUUGUUAUCCGUCGAGAUCUUCCAGUUCCAGCUAACCGGCUUGGUAAAUGGAAGUUUGGGACCCAUAGCACUGCAAAUGGUCUUCGAUGCGAAGUGAAGCCUGAGAAUCUGGGUGUGGCUGGCUGGUGUCCUUCCUUUGCCUGCAGCCAAGAAUUAGGCCAAAUUGAGUCGGAACACCUUUGGCUAUCCUUUGUCUCUGGUGAUUAUUUUGGAACAGCAUGGCAAGAAACCUGUCAUAACAUUGAGUUUACAUUCAAAACAUUAGGCACUGGAAUGGAGGUGAAGAAGUGUGGAGUCCGUCUGAUAUACGAGCAAGAUUUGGAUUUGACUGGAAUGAAAAGAUGAUUCCAUCUUGCAAGCAAAUUUUGUUUGCAAUCGUAGAUCAUCAUUUUGACAUAUCAGAAGCUGAAAAGUUGUCAUUGUUAAACAAUGCCUUUUAUCUCGAGCGAACCAGUGAAGCAGGCAACUCAAUGAGGUCCGUGUGCAGGCAACUCAAUGAACAUCCAUAUGCUGCUGAGAUGAGGAUCAAUACCAGUGAAAUGAUGAGUUCCAGUAUGUUAAGCUAUUGUGAUCUCUCGCCAGUGGUUUGAACCGAUGUCUGUCUUACAGGACUUGGAAUCCAAAUUUUAUUGUUUAGCCAUCAAACUUUAAAUAGCCGGUGUAGCUGAAAUAUUGGACAUCCUUAUUUCGUCAUUCUUGAUCUUAUGUUAUUUGUUUGGCCUUGUAUGCAACUUUAUAUGCAAGCAGCCCGUAUCUCUC